UGUAGAUUUUACGUAUUUUUACGUAUUGCAUAUGGAUUCGAUGGUCCUAAAGCCUAUUUAUUUCACCUCUCUCUUUGUAUUCGGUACAUUUCAAAUUUGCAAUAGAGCUCCCAUAAUCUCACUGAAAUGCGCAUAUGGAAUAUAAUCAGAGAUCUGCUCCAGGGAUUCAUUAAUACAGGUAAACACCAGCUUUUGGGGAAGGGACGCUAAGACGUCAGUUUCAAAACUUAUUAAAUCAUCAUAUUUAAUUUAUUUUUGAAACAAUGUAUCACAUGCAACAAUGUAACUUUUAAAUUAUAUUUAUGAUACUUGUGUUUACUUUCUUUACUAUUUACACUACUCUUAUGAUACUACAUGAAGUCAUCUGCUCUCGAACGAUUUUGUCGUUCUGGUUUGGGGGUGUGACAGAUUGGUAUCAGAGCAUUGUUUAUAGCGUACUAAGUAUAUCGAACCACAUAAGAUAUACAAACUAUAAAUGCAAAGGGACUAAAACUCUCUAACUAAAUGUUUUCACACAAACAAGAUCUUAUUAAAUUAAAAUGGUAGUUUCAUAAAGGUACAAAUACAUGCAUGUAACAGUUUAAUUUCAUAGUUAGAACUAUACAAAAGUAUUAACACAAGUUGGACACUAUGACUAGGCCUCAGAAUAUGUAAUCAGAUCUAGGAUGAAUAUAGCCUGAUCAACUAUAUUUAUCCAAGAUUUGACCAACGUAUGUUGGGGAAUAGUCGUAGUGAGCAACAAGUCAAAAACUUACCAAAGUAACACUAGAAUCAAACUUACAAAUUUAAAUAGUACUAGAGUAUUUUUUGACACUAUAAAAAGCUAUAAAAAAUGUGUAAACCUUGAAAUUUCAUUAGAACUAGAAAUAGUCAAAUAAAUAGAAAUAUGCUUAUAAAAACUAAAGAAAAAAAAAACCUUCCCCGACAGCUCUGUAAUUGCAAAGUGCAUGCUUUAAAGUUACACAUGAUUGAGGUUUCAUAGACUUAGGAUUUAUGAUUUCGCUUUAGGUCCUUUUCCUUGUUUGGAUGUGGGCUUAGAGUGAAGCUACUUAUCCAACAGCCUAUUCGAUCUCAAUUGUAUGUAAUUUGUAUACACUAGGUAAUUAUAAGAGGACUCGGUGUAGGUCUUAUCAUAAAAUUUUCUGUUUACACUCAAGUUUUAUAUAUAUUUCUCUUAUCUCUACUCCCAAUCAGACGAAAUGGCAGGAUUUCAUAUCCCCAGGGAUCCCUACUACCCUAACCAGGGCAAUGGAGGCUGGGUCGAGGAGGAUCCAGAAGAGGAUCCCGAAGAGAUUCCCGAGGAAGAUCCAGAAGAAGACCUCGAAGACGAAGAAGAAGAGGAAGAAGAUGAUGAGGGCACUGACUCAGAACCGGAUGUCUACAAUCCUCCCCAGGAAGCACUAAAUCCCUGAUGGAACUUUCAGAGCCCGACGCCCCGCUGGGCUGAAGAUCUGAAACAAUGGAGCAAGGAACAAGGACAACGUCCUCCCUACGGCAUGGGACGAGGCUUUUAUAACCUCAGUAGCAGAGGUUCAGCUGAUAGAGCACUCCUCGUCAUGAUUCGUCGCAUCGCCAACCAAGGCGAGCAAGCUAGAGUCAACGCCAACCAGAUCAUGGACGUUGGUGCCACCGCCCAAGUCACGGUGGUACGUCUUCGUCGCCUGGACGAAGAACAUGAGCGAACAAUAAAUCACACCUUUUCCCUUCAGAAAGAAAUUACCGCUGCUAGAGCCGAGGUGAGAGAGUUCCGGAAAAGCCAAGUCGCAAUGGAGAGGCGCGUCAUCGAGGCUGAACGCCGAGUAGCUCGAACUCAGAUUUCCACGACCACAUACCAUGGUUAGCAGCGUACCACCCGCUCGGAGCAGCGCACGUACUACUUGCACUAUGUUAUAGGCUAGACUUAUCGAGUGAGCAUUGGUGCUACUCUUUCCUUUAUGUAUGUUAACCCGGUGGAUUGUGAGUACACAAUUCGGGGUCUUCUUGCUGUCAAAAUUUUCCCGUUUUCAUUGAUGUACUCUAGACCUGUGUUAAGGUCAAAUUUUCCUGAUCGUUGUAUCAAAUAUUAAUAUCAUUGGGUAUUUCAUUAAGUUCUUAAAAUGCUAAGAAAAUCAUCUACUUAUUUUGUAAGUUCUAUUUUUUUCAAUUAACUUACAAAUUCGUUAUUGUUCGGGACGUAAAACAUGUAAUACUAAGACUCUCCAUAACCAUUUCUUAAGACUUAUCAAGAAUUCGUCUUUUGACUUAUGGCAGAAUCAUGCCGCCAAGAAGGAAUCCCCGACGCAUCAAUACUGUAGGAACACCACCACCUACUCCACCACCACCACCACCUCCACCAAUAGACGAUGUUUUUCAGGCUGCUGUAACAGCUGCCGUGACAACGGCAAUGGCACAAAUGAGUAACAACGAGUCAGGAGGAGGGAUAAAUAGCUCUACUAAUGUCCAACACAAGGGUCGUUCGGGAGAAUGCACUUACAAGGACUUCACCAACAGAAAACUCAUAUCCUUUAACGGGGAUGGGGGAGUAAUGGCUCUAUCCCAAUGGAUAGAGAAAACAGAAGCAGUAUUCGAGAUCUGCUCAUGCCAAGAAGGGAGCAAGGUAAAAUUUCCUGCAUGUACUUUCUCUGAGCGACCCCUAACAUGGUGGAAUGACCAUGUUAAGUCACUAACUCCGGUAGUGGCUAACUCUAUGAGUUGGGAGAACCUGAAACAAAUGCUAAUGCAAGAGUACUGUCCGAGAGGUGAGGUACAGAAACUCGAGCAGGAGUUUUGGGGCCUUACUAUGGUAGGCUCGUACAUCACAAACUAUACCAAUAGGUUCAGUGACUUAGCAAUACUUUGCCCGGGAAUGGUUGCUCUAGAGAGCAAGAAAAUCGAGAGGUAUAUCUGGGGGCUAUCACCCCAGAUUCAAGGAGGUGUAUUGGCUUCCAAACCAGUUACUUUCGAUUGCACCAAACAGUUGGCACAGACCCUCGUUGACCAUGGAGUCUGCCAAGACUUCAUGACAACCAUUCUGGAGCAACCCAGGGGAAGUAACAACAACAACAACAACAAUUCCAACAACAACAACAAUUCCAACAACAACAACAACAACAAGAAGUUUUGGAAUAAGAGGAAGGGUCAAUCUUCGCAGGAACCUUCCAAGAAACAACAUAUAGUGGCAGUCCAUGCCGCUACUGCUCCCACUGUUGUUCCUAUUACCCCUACACUAGCAAAGCAAUAUGCUAGAAACCUACCAAAGUGCAGCAAAUGCAACUUCCAUCACAACGGAAAUUAUCGGGAGAUGCAGUGUAAUAACUUCAACAGGAAAGGGCACACUGCUCGUUUCUGUAAGGCACCGACACGAACAGUCACCCAAAUUCCUGGAGUCGGUGUGGGCCAGGCGUGUUAUGGGUGUGGUGAGAUCGGGCACUACAAGAGAGAUUGCUCUAAGGCAAGGAAUGCUGGCGGUGUAGGAAGAGUGUUGGCAAUAGGGUAGAACGAAGCAAUAGCCGAUCCCACGGUGGUUACGAGUAUGUUUCUCCUCGAUAACACUUAUGCAUGCAUACUCUUUGAUUGUGGUGCGGAGAGGAGUUUCAUGAGCCAUAAAUUCAAACACUUGCUUAAACAAAACCCUCAAUCACUUAAUAAGAUAUUUACAGUGGAAAUGGAAAAUAGUAAAACAAAAAGCACAAAUGAUAUGUACAUAGGCUGCACGCUAACUCUAAAUGAACAUUCUUUCCAAAUCAAUCUAAUACCAAUCACUAUAAGAAGCUUUGAUGUCAUCAUCGGUAUGGAUUGGUUAAGCCUUCACCAUGCCGAUAUACUUUGUCACGAAAGGGUCAUUCGCCUUAAUCUGUUAAAUGGAAAAACUCUCGUUAUUUAUGGUGACAAACCCAGUACCAAUUUACAAAUCAUCUCUUGCGUCAAAGCCCAAAAAUAACUGCGCAAGGAAUACCAUGUUUUCCUAGCCCACGUGGUUGAUAAGGAAAAAUAAACGAAAGAUAUCAAAUACAUUCCAGAAGUUUGCGAUUUCCCCGACGUCUUCCCUGAAGAUCUUCCAGGAGUUCCACCAGAACGUCAAGUCGAGUUCAGAAUCUACUUGAUUCCCGGAGCUACACCAGUAGCAAAUUCGUUCUGCCGUCUAGCACCGGCAGAGAUGCAGGAAUUAUCCAGCCAACUGAACGAACUACUUAGCAAGGGAUUCAUCGGGCCAAGUUUCUCACCUUGGGGAGCAUCGGUUCUAUUCGUAAAGAAGAAGGAUGGAUCUUUCCGCGUGUGCAUCGAUUACCGGGAACUAAACAAGCUUACAAUCAAG